AGUGGAGUCGCGGGCACUUCCGCUCCAGGGAAGGGGGAGCGGUUGUCACGGCGCAUUCCACGGUAGUUUGUUCCAGUUCCGCGACUUGCGGGCCCUUCCUAAUGUCAGGGACUUAAGCUUGUGGCUCGCUAGGACUUAGUGGUCCGGUUAUGGGAAAAGAAGCCUCAUCGGAGAGCAGAGCCUGAAAAAGGACUGCGCGGACUGACUUCUUGGCUACUGAAAGCAAAGCUCCACUGUUCCAGGCACAACUCUGCCUUCUCUCAAAUGGCAUAACUCAGGACUCUGCAAAUUCCCAGAAACAGGAAGAAGAAUGACCACAUUCAAGGAGGGACUGACCUUCAAGGAUGUGGCUGUGGUCUUCACUGAGGAGGAGUUGGGGCUGCUGGACCCUGUCCAGAGGAAUCUGUACCGAGAUGUGAUGCUGGAGAACUUCAGGAACCUGCUGUCAGUGGGGCAUCACCCCUUCAAACAUGAUGUAUUCCCUUUAGAAAAGGAAAAAAAGCUUCAUAUGAUGAAGACAGCAGCUCAAAGAAAAGGGAAAUCAGCAGACAAGAUCCAAAGUGAGAUGGAGACUGUUCCAGGAGCAGGACGACAUGAAGAGCUUUACUGGGGGCAAAUCUGGAAACAGAUUGCAAGUGAUUUAAUCAAGUAUGAAGACUCUAUGAUAAAUAUUUCUCGGUUCCCCAGACAAGGUGAUUUGUCCUGCCAGGUUAGGGCAGGACUAUAUACAACUCACACGGGACAGAAACUUCACCAAUGUGAUGAGUACAAAAAAUCCUUCACUGAUGUCUGCAACUUUGAUCCUCAUCAACAGUUACACUCAGGAGAGAAGUCUAAUACAUGUGAUGAGUGUGGAAAAAGCUUCUGUUACAUCUCAGCCCUUCAUAUUCAUCAGAGAGUCCACAUGGGAGAGAAACGCUAUAAGUGUGAUGUGUGUGGUAAGGAAUUUAGUCAGAGCUCACAUCUGCAAACUCAUCAGAGAGUCCACACUGUAGAGAAACCAUUCAAAUGUGUGGAAUGUGGGAAAGGCUUCAGUCGUAGAUCAACACUUACUGUACAUUGCAAAUUACACUCAGGAGAGAAACCUUACAAUUGUGAGGAAUGUGGGAGGGCCUUCCUACAUGCUUCCCAUCUUCAGGAACAUCAGAGAAUCCAUACUGGGGAGAAACCAUUCAAAUGUGAUACAUGUGGUAAGAACUUCCGUCGUAGAUCAGCACUUAAUAAUCAUUGCAUGGUCCACACAGGAGAGAAACCAUACAAAUGUGAGGACUGUGGUAAGUGUUUCACUUGUAGCUCAAACCUUCGUAUCCAUCAAAGGGUCCACACAGGAGAGAAACCUUACAAGUGUGAAGAAUGUGGUAAGUGCUUUAUUCAGCCUUCACAAUUUCAGGCCCAUCGGAGAAUCCACACUGGAGAGAAACCAUAUGUAUGUAAAGUGUGUGGUAAGGGUUUCAUUUACAGUUCAAGUUUUCAGGCCCAUCAGGGAGUCCACACUGGAGAGAAGCCAUACAAAUGCAAUGAGUGUGGGAAGAGCUUCAGAAUGAAAAUUCAUUAUCAAGUGCAUCUGGUAGUCCACACAGGGGAAAAACCCUAUAAAUGUGAAGUAUGUGGUAAAGCCUUCCGUCAGAGUUCAUAUCUUAAAAUCCAUCUGAAAGCACAUAGUGUACAGAAACCUUUUAAGUGUGAAAUGUGUGGGCAGGGCUUCAAUCAGAGCUCACGACUUCAGAUUCACCAGCUGAUCCAUACGGGUGAGAAACCAUACAAAUGUGAAGAGUGUGGAAAGGGAUUCAGUCGUAGAGCAGAUCUUAAAAUUCAUUGUAGGAUCCACACAGGGGAGAAACCAUAUAAUUGUGAAGAGUGUGGGAAGGUCUUCAGUCAGGCCUCGCAUCUUCUAACCCAUCAGAGAGUUCACAGUGGGGAAAAACCAUUUAAAUGUGAAGAGUGUGGGAAGAGCUUCAGUCGGAGUGCACACCUUCAAGCCCAUCAAAAAGUCCACACUGGAGAAAAGCCAUACAAAUGUGGGGAGUGUGGAAAGGGCUUCAAGUGGAGCUUGAACCUUGAUAUGCAUCAGAGGGUGCACACAGGAGAAAAACCCUAUACAUGUGGGGAGUGUGGGAAGCACUUCAGUCAGGCUUCAAGUCUCCAACUUCAUCAGAGUGUCCACACAGGAGAGAAACCAUACAAAUGUGAUGUGUGUGGUAAAGUCUUCAGUCGGUCUUCACAACUACAGUAUCAUAGGCGAGUUCACACUGGGGAAAAACCUUACAAAUGUGAGAUAUGUGGUAAGAGGUUCAGCUGGCGAUCAAAUCUUGUAAGUCAUCACAAAAUUCAUGCUGCUGGUACAUUUUAUGAAAAUGAUGAGAAUAGUAAGAACAUCAGAGAGUUGUCAGAGGGAGGAAGUUCUACAAGGUGAUUAAAAAAAAAAAAAACAGAACUCAUGUACAACCUGAAUGCUUGUAAUCAGAUUUCAUAGGAGAGAAAAAUUUUCUUUAUCAACCUCCUUGAAUUUAUUUGAUUUGUAACGCUCCACAUUUCCACCUAGACUUUUUUUUUUUUUUUGAAAUGGGGUCUUGCUCUGUUGCCCAUGCUGGAUGCAGUGGUGCAAUCUCAGCUCACUGCAACCUCCACUUCCCGGGUUCAAGCGAUUCUCCUGCCUCAGUGGAUUACAGGUGCACACCACCACGCCUGGCUAAUUUUUGUAUUUUUAGUAGAGAUGGAGUUUCACCAUACUGGCCAGGCUGGUCUCGAACUCCUGACCUCAUGUGAUCCACCCACCUCGGCCUCCCAAAGUGCUGGGAUUACAGGCAUGAGCCACCGCCCUGGCCUCCAUCUAGACUUUGAAAUGAUUGCCUUCUAAUUACAGUAGCAUUCUCUUAUUUAAAAUAUUUGUUUUAUUUAAGUCAGUGUUUAAGCAAUAGCUCAACAUAUCCCAGUGGUCCGUGACCACACAGCUGAGAACCCUUGUUAAGUGGUACAGUAAAGCAUUCUGUCAAAACUUUGACAUUUAUGACAUGUCACCUAGGAAAUAGGACUUAGAAAAUGAGUUUGACCUGGGCUUUAAAAAAGUCUGCUGAUGAAGGUGCCAGAAUUGAUGUCCAUUAGACUGUAAGCUCCAUGGGGGCAGGAACUUUGCUGCUGAAUCUAUACAACCUUAACAUUGACUAGUGCUUGUAGGUGUGCUCAAUACUUGUUUGUUAACUGAAUCAAAAGGAGUAAAUGCACAAUAUUUGAACAUUGUAUCCAAAGGAAGAAACCUGCAAAAUAAAAUUAUUUGUGGAAA